ACUUUUGCCACUUUGCGUCUUGACAUUUCACUUUUUUCAAAUGGCAAAAAAAAAAGCGAAGAAUAGGAGGCGAGACUCCCUACCGGCCAGGCGGAUGGAGAUGGCGGAGCCAGGUCCUGACGGGCAAGGAUACACGUACGCUGAGAGGGAGGGCACGCACUCGAGCUGCAACUAACCUUCAGUGACUAGUGCGGGCUUGAGGGCGACUGCGUGCUUCUGACCGUCCGCUGGUUGCCUUGCGGUCUCUCAGUCGCGUUUUCUUCCUUCCUUUUCCUCCCCCCUUUCCCCCUCCACGCACAUAAUAAUUACAUUUGUAGCCUAUCCCCGUCUAUCGCGAUUGGAUUCGAUACAAACGUCAAGUGAAUCGCAGGUGAGAGGGGGGAUGCAAAACCACAUGGUUGAGUUGAAUUAGCCUGCAGGAAUAGCAGUCUAUGUGGCAAUUUAGGUAUCAAUUUACGCAUGGAGCGCGAGCUGACGCGGCGCUGCCGACGCAGCGUGCGCGUGGCUGAGUUCGUGGCAGUGGACGCCCUUAGCACUAUCCGAACUGGCGGCGACGUAGCAUCCAGUACAGAGCGCAAGACGCCGCUAUUCGCAGGCUACGUGGAGGUUCUGUACGCACGCAACGCUUGGCUGGUAGCGCGCGUGGACAUCUGGACGAGCAGAGACGUUUGCCACCGCCAAGUCAAGUUUUCGAGCGUGUAUGUGCAACAAAAUGAAAAUGAAGUGUCAGCAGUUGCAGUGACAAAUGGAGGUGGACUGACUGCGCUGCAAAACGUUGAAAAAAUCGCUCUAAAUGUGGCGGAUCGAGGUGAAAUGCCGGCAUUGACUAACGACGACUUGGCAAAAGUACUGGAAGAUGUGGUCAAGCAACUCGUUGAUGUAUUCCGCGAACAACAAGUGCAGACUCUGCAGGCUGCAACAUCACAGCGGGCGAAGUUCGAGUACGAAAUGCUGCAACACCGUCCUGAACUGGAAGUGCUGGUGAUGAGUAGUGAAUCUACUGGCAACUACGUGUUGUUUGCGUUGCCGUUGCUUGGAGAAAAGCCUCAAUGGGAUCCGAAAAAUUUGAUUGAAGCAGAGGAUCUGGACUCGGUGUACAUACCUGACGGCUUCCAUGCGCCGAAUUUCUCAGUUACAACCAACGGAUUGACAAUUUUCAUCGGAUACCCAAUGAAAGAGGAGGCAAAAUCUGAUGCUGCAUGGCCACUUUUAGUUGAGUGGCCGGCUAAAAUGUUGCUGUCGAGCCAAGUAACGCAGACUCCACCGUCUAGUAAGGGCCAAUCUUCGGUAGAGCUCAUCGCGUCUUGCAAAAAGGUGAAACAUUAUCAUCUUGGUCUCAAUACAACUGUGUUGCUAGUGCUAAUUUGCAUUUGUGUAGAUGUUUUUGCAACAGUGGAGAAGGCGUAAAGAUUUUAUUGCUGAGCUGCGUCGCCACGUGAUAGGUGGGUGAACUGACGUAGCGUUGAUGAUGAAGACUCUGCGCUAACGUUUGCUCGAACUGUAGUGUUAGAGUACGAUGCUGUGGAUUUUUCGCAGGUGUUCUUCAUGUUGCAGGAGCAGUUAAAUGACCAGGCACCACUGCGUAUUCUCGUCCUUCAGCUGCAGUUUACAGCAGCGUUUUUCCUCACGAAUUGCAUGAGCGACUUGCAAGUGGUUUUACUCGACGGUGAAGCAGAUACAGCUCCCGUUCCAGUAGCGCUUGCUGCCUCCAGUACUCCUCCCAGUCCCGACCCUAUUGCACACAGCCAAACGUGCGCCUCUCAGUUCCUCGAAUCCACACGAAAAAGUCUGCUUCGACAUUUUUACGGAGAAUGAACCCGACUCAGACGGAUAUUGCGAUCAUAGAGCAGAAAUAUGAAUAUGUAAAAGAGUCCAGUGAACAGUUUUAGUCUGGU